CCACUCUGCUUCAUUUCAUAUUAUAUUCCGUCUUCGAACAAAGCAAAAGAUCAAAAGAGAUGAAGGAAAAGUCUGUUGGGUUUAUCACCUUUCUUCUCUUCGUUUUACUUCUCUGCUCAUCUGCUUACCGCCUGCUUCCCCAGAAACAAGGUGAGAAAGAGCUGGUUGCAGCUAAGGGGAUCAUCAUACCAGCGUUAGUGACAGAUACAACAGAAGAUAUAUCAAAUCUGAUGGGAUCAGAAGAUUGCAAUGAGGAAGAUGAAGAAUGUUUGAAAAGAAGGGUGAUUGCAGAAGCUCACCUGGAUUACAUCUACACUCAGCAUCAUAAACCUUAGCAAACAAUCCACACAAAGGAAUAUAAUAGGUUAAACUACCUAUUUUGCUACUCACCUAUUUCUUAGUUUCUGUUUUGGUCAACCAACUAUAUUUUUUUAAUCAUACCUAACGUUACUUUUGUUUCUAUUUUAGUCAUCCGCCGUUAAAAAAUUAACGGUGAU